GGCUCCUCCCCUGCAGAAAUCCCCUGUCCGGGUGUAUAUGCGAAGCGCCGCCGCCGCCGCCGCUCACUCGCAGCAAGCCGCCACCAUGAUCAGUGCUAGCCGUGUCGCCGAGCCGCCGGCUAUGGAGGGCUACGAGCAGCCAAAGAAAGACCGUCAGGGCGGGCUCCCGCUCGACGAUCGCCACGACAGCGGCUUGGGCUCCCUAAAGGAGGAGGAGUACGGGCAGCUGGUGAAGGAGCUGGAAGACAUCCGCUUGCAGCCCCGCGAGCCGCCCGCCUGGGCACAGCAGCUGACGGAGGACGGGGACACUUUUCUCCACUUGGCGAUUAUUCACGAGGAAAAGGCCCUGAGCCUGGAGGUGAUCCGGCAGACGGCCGGGGACCGUGCUUUCCUCAACUUCCAGAACAACCUCAGCCAGACUCCUCUUCACCUGGCAGUGAUCACUGACCAGCCUGAAAUUGCCGAGCAUCUUCUGAAGGCUGGAUGCAACCUGGAAAUCAGGGACUUCCGAGGAAACACCCCCCUGCACAUCGCCUGCCAGCAGGGCUCCCUCAGGAGUGUCAGUGUCCUCACUCAGUACUGCCAGCCACACCACCUCCUCGCUGUCUUACAGGCGACCAACUACAACGGACAUACAUGUCUCCAUUUGGCAUCUAUUCAAGGAUACCUUGCUGUUGUUGAAUACUUGCUGUCCUUGGGAGCAGAUGUGAAUGCUCAGGAGCCAUGCAAUGGGAGAACUGCACUACAUUUGGCUGUUGACCUGCAGAAUUCAGACCUGGUGUCACUUCUGGUGAAACAUGGGGCGGACGUGAACAAAGUGACCUACCAGGGAUACUCCCCGUAUCAGCUCACAUGGGGUAGAGAGAAUUCCAGCAUACAGGAACAGCUGAAGCAGCUGACCAUGGUUGACCUGCAGAUGUUGCCAGAAAGUGAGGAUGAGGAGAGCAGUGAAUCAGAGCCCGAAUCAACAGAGGAUGAACUUAUGUAUGACGACUGCCUUAUUGGAGGACGACAGCUGACGUUUUAAAGCAGAACCUUCUGUGAAAAGAAGUGACUGUGCCCAUAUGUAUAGAAAAAGAACUGACUUUUCGUUUAAAAAGAAAGUCACAAUGCAGAGGGAAGAACCAGGAGAGGGAUACUACACUGCCCAGCAAGGAGCACAUAAUUGUGACAGGACGGUUCCAGGUUCUGGCCUGUGUUUAAAUACAGGAGUGGAAUGUGUAGCACCAGUAGGGAUCUGUGAUUAUGCACACCAUCUGAUAAAGAGCCACACAGCCAGUGUUCUCAACCCUGUGAAGGUAGCUGACUACACAUCUAACCUGCUAUCAGCAAUCUCUCCUGUGGCAUCAAGUACCACAAGGCAUGAGUAUCCUCUUAUGACAAGGCAGGCAUGUACCAGCACCCCAUCUUCUCAGAGACCUUGUGUUAACUUGUGUCGGGCUGGUGGCACCGCCUGGCCUUACUGAACAACCUCGGCUGCUCCCAGUGUCGUGUCCCAGGCAGAGGAGUCAAGCCAGGGGACUGGUGGCCUCCUGGCUGUUAGAAAAAGUAGCAAUAAUGUUAACUGUGGGCAUUGGAAACAGUAUGUUUCACACCAUGUGUGUAAUAGCUACACUUUUUAGCAAUUGUAUAUUGUGUAAAUACUGUACAUGUUUGUUUAUAAUUAUUUUGGUACCUGUGAGAUAUGUAUUUAUUAAAAAAAGUCAGAUUACAGUA